AUGUAUAGCAACAGGUUCUACUCUAUAAAUAACAUUCUGAACAAUUUUGUCCUGCAAACUCGCCAUUUUGCACGAACCACUCCCAAUGUAAACAAGGUCACAUUGUAUCUCCAAAGAGCAAAGCUCAUUGAUUCAAUAAGACUUAGCCUACGCUCGAAUUCUCCUGAUAAUUCCCUUCUCACAGCGUUAAGCAGUCCAGCAUUAGACUCCUUUGUGGUCACCAAUGCGCUCAGGGCAGCUCCUUCGCCCGACUCUGCUCUGUUUUUGGUCGAAACUCUGAAGAAAAUCCCACAUUUCUCGCAUACUCAACAUACCCUUUAUGCACUGGCCAAGAUUCUGGCAAAAUCUGGCCAAGUUGGCAAACUUGGUGCUCUGAUUAAUGCCAUCAAUUCAGGCAAGUUUAUAAAUGUUGCACGUGUCAGUUUCAUGGAUCGCAUGCGGUGGUAUGCUGCUGUUGGUGAUCUUGACGAGGUUUUUAGUAUUUGGGAUGAGUGGAGAAAAACCUUGGAUAAGCAUCCAUGUACCGAGUCGUAUAAUAUCGUAAUGGGACUUUAUGUUCAGAAGGGUAUGGAUUCUGAGGCCGUGAAGGUUUUCCGUAGGAUGAUUGAGGAAGGGGCGCUUCCGAAUUCUAGAACAUACACGGUUAUGAUUGAGCACCUUGUUAAGUCUAAGAAAUUGGAUUCAGCAAUGGAAGUGCUUCGGAUACUACCACUGAUGAGAAUUAAACGUACUUUAAGGCAGUAUACUGCUUUGGUGGAUAUUUUUACUGCCACUGAUCAGUUAGAUUUGGUCAAGACUUUGCUUCACGAGAUGCGUAGUGACGGGAUAUUGCCUGGUCAAGCAAUGCAAUUGUCUCUGCAACGAAUGCGAGAGUUGGGCAAUCUUAAGGAGAUGGAGGAAUCAGUUAUGGAAAUUAUUCCUGAUGCGAGGAUAAAAACUGUAAGUUAUUCUUUAUACGGUACCACAGAUUGUAGUGAGGAUGAUAUUGAUGAUGGGGACGAAGGUGCUGACAGUGUUCAUGGAAAUGACAAAGACGAAGUUCAAUUGAAACCGUGGUUGGACCCUGCUGCUUUGGCUAGUGCCUUGCAGCAUUGGGGAUCCGAGGAGGUUUCUGCCCUGGAAAAUGCAAACUUUGUGUGGACAACUCGGUUGGUUUGCAAAUUUAUUAGGAGUUUCAAAUCAGCUGAAACAGCGUGGCAGUUCUUUUGCUGGGUGACUUAUCAGCCAGGAUUUACUCAUGAUAUCUACACUAUUUCAAGGAUGAUCACCAAGUUGGCUCGCCAUGGAUGCGUCCAUUUGGUUGAUCAACUCUUGUUUAAGAUACAACGAGAGGGUAUGAAAUUGUCAUUUAGCACAAUCAGACUAGUUAUUGAUUUUUACGGCAUUACUGGAAAGGGUGAUGCUGCUUUAAAAAUUUUCAGUAGUGUCAAGACCUUUUGCAGUCCCAUAUCACAAAAAUGUAUGCUUCUUCUGUAUUCCUCUCUGUUGAGGACAUUGGCAAAGUGUAAGAUGAAUAUUGAAGCGUUAGAUAUACUUGAUGAGAUGAUUUUACUCGGGAUUUCUCCAGAUAUACAGAUAUUUACGGGGUUGAUGCGACAUUAUGCACUUCAAGGAGACAUUAAAACGGUUCAAAGACUCUUCGGGAUGGUAAAACAGAGUGAUUUAGAGCCCGAUGCUUAUACGUACAAGGUUCUCAUCCGAGCUUAUUGCAAGUGCGAAAGAGCUGCUCUUGCAUUGAGGAUCUUUGAGGAUAUGAUGAGCUCAGAUUUAAUGCCCGAUUCCGCCACUAAAGACAUGCUCGUCAAGAGUUUGUGGAAGGAAGGCAAGUUAAGAGAGGCAGCUGCAGUCGAAGAGAAAAGCGAGCAGAAGAGUUGUGAGUUUCCAAUAGCUUUGCCUGGACAGAUGUAUUCUGUGAGCAAUGGAGAUCUUAUAAGAGUUCAUGACAUAUACUCGGGGAGUUUUACGACAACCGAUGGUUAG